AGUUCCCUUGGUUCCCUGGCCUCUGACUUACUUGGAUGGGAACAUGGCCUUAAAAAAAGACUGCUGAGUAUUUCAGAUAUAGAUAAUGGGUCUUCACCAGAAAUAGACCCCUAUGAGCUAAACUAGCAGUGUAGUGUGGCUUUUUUUUCUUUUCUCUUUUUCAAUUCUGUUAGCAACAAACCACAAACUGGCCUCUGACACUGAAUUUUUUUUAAAAGCUCAUUUCAACUCUCCCACACAUAAGUAGUGAGGAGAACAGGGUAGGGGUUUUCUAUUGAGGACCUUUUCUUCUUCACAGCCGCCUUCUGAAAUGUAUGGAACAAGUGGUGAAUGGUUUCCUAGCUUUUCAAAGCUUACAAGGGAUUCGAAGUCUUGAAACUUUCUGAGUCUCAAUGGACUAUUUCUCACACAACUCAGAUACUGCUGUUCAUGCAUGAAUUAGGUAUGUUACCACUACCGCCAUGGCUUAGUAGACAAGGCAUAUCAGUCCAGCCACACUUGUUUUGCAGGAGAAUUUCUGGCAGAGCAUUGAGGGUUCUGUGUGGGUGGAGAAACUAGAUAGGGAGUGAAGGUAUAAAAAAUCAUGCAUCCUGUGGUGAGGAGUAUUAGGAUGGGGAUGUUUAUAUAGCUUUCCUUAGGUAAGAUUAUAGUAUGUCAAUCACCCCGGGAUGAAAAUAUAAAACAGAAAAGUUUUUUUUUUUAAAGCGAGCAUAUUAUUUGAUGUUGCUUCCGCUUCUGGUGGGUUUUUGUGAACAAAAAGAAGGAGUAGGACCUAGAAAACCAGCAUGUCGUAGCAAACCAAAAGAUUUGUUUGUGGUUAGUUGGCAAAAUGUUCUGUAUCAGUUGCAUGAAUUCUUUGCACUUUGUUCUUUUCGUGCUGAUACUCCAGAUUCUUUUUUAGGUCCUCUUUCUAAUAGUUGAACCAGGCCACAUAGAAAGCACUGUAAUUGUACCUGUGAAUUGGCAAGAAGCAAGUGCUCUCCCUUGAUUCUGCUGCACGAGGAGGAGAAUGGGCUGUGAUCUGAACUGUGGGCUCAUUACUGGAGCCAUUAUUGGUGCUGUCCUGGCUGUGUUUGGAGGCAUUCUCAUGCCGGUUGGAGACCUGCUCAUUGAGAAGACAAUCAAAAGGGAAGUUGUCCUUGAAGAAGGAACCAUUGCUUUCAAAAACUGGGUGAAAACGGGCACCACUGUGUACAGACAGUUUUGGAUCUUUGACGUGCAAAACCCAGAGGAAGUGGCAAAGAAUAGCAGCAAGAUCAAGGUUAAACAGAGAGGUCCUUACACAUACAGAGUUCGUUAUUUAGCCAAGGAAAAUAUAACUCAGGACCCCAAGGACAGCACUGUCUCUUUUGUACAACCCAAUGGAGCCAUCUUUGAGCCUUCACUGUCUGUUGGAACAGAGAAUGACAACUUCACAGUUCCCAAUCUGGCUGUGGCAGCUGCACCACAUAUCUACCAAAACUCAUUUAUUCAAGGUGUGCUCAACAACCUUAUCAAAAAGUCCAAGUCUUCUAUGUUCCAAACACGAAGUUUGAAGGAACUCCUGUGGGGUUACAAAGAUCCAUUCUUGAGUUUGAUUCCAUAUCCUAUAAGUACCACAGUUGGUGUGUUUUAUCCUUACAAUAACACUGUAGAUGGAGUUUAUAAAGUUUUCAAUGGAAAGGAUAACAUAAACAAAGUUGCCAUAAUUGAUACCUAUAAAGGGAAAAGGAAUUUGUCCUAUUGGAAAAGUUAUUGCGACAUGAUUAAUGGCACAGAUGCAGCCUCCUUUCCACCUUUUGUUGAGAAGUCUCGAACACUGAGGUUUUUUUCCCCUGACAUUUGCAGGUCCAUCUAUGCUGUGUUUGAAUCUGAAGUGAACCUUAAAGGAAUCCCCGUGUACAGAUUUGUUCUUCCAGUUAACGCCUUUGCCUCCCCACUCCAGAACCCAGACAACCACUGUUUCUGCACUGAAAAAGUAAUCUCAAAUAACUGUACGUCUUAUGGUGUGCUGGACAUUGGCAAGUGCAAAGAAGGAAAGCCUGUGUACAUUUCUCUUCCACAUUUCCUACAUGCAAGUCCUGAUGUCUCAGAACCUAUCCAAGGUUUGAAUCCUAACGAAGAUGAACAUAGGACAUACUUGGAUGUGGAACCCAUAACUGGAUUCACUCUACAGUUUGCAAAACGACUGCAGGUCAACAUACUGGUCAAGCCAGCUAGAAAAAUAGAAGCACUGAGGAAUCUGAAGAGACCUUACAUUGUACCUAUACUGUGGCUAAAUGAGACUGGGACCAUUGGCGAUGAGAAAGUGGAAAUAUUCAGAAACCAAGUGACUGGGAAAAUAAACCUCCUGGACCUGGUAGAGAGGGUCUUACUUGUUGUUGGAGUACUGAUGUUUGUGGCUUUUAUGAUUUCAUACUGUGCUUGCAGAUCUAAGAAUGGAAAAUAAGUAAGUGCUCAUCAAAGUAGUGGAUGAGCCUACAUUAUGCACUAGUUACAUCUUUGGUAAAACCAAUCUCCAAAACGAAGACUUAAUACAUGCUUGUUUUUAUAAAACACACCUAUCUGUAGUUGAAGAAAUGGUGGUGUGCGCUCUCUCUCUCUCUCUCUUAUUGCAGAUAUAUAUUUAUUUAUAUAUUGCAAUAAGCUACAGCAUAUUUCAAAAAGAUUAAUAUGUCACUAAGCCUAUAUUUUUUAAUAAAAUCUUGUAUUUUGUUAAGUCCAUCAUCUGCAACUGAGUGGACUUCAAUUUCCGCAGAACCAAUUAUCUUUUUUGGUUCUAAUUUACUGAUAUUUUUUUCCUGUUGGCAAGUUUCAAGAAUGUAUAUUCCUAGAAACAUUUUGUUCCUCAUCGAAGUAAACUGUUAUCAUGUCUGGGGUGGCCCUUUCAUUUAUAGCAAAUGUUCCUUGUGACUGUCAGCACAUGAUAUGUCAUAAGUAUUAUAUCAUUUUAAAGAUUUAAGGAUGAAAAAUGAACAAUUCACAUAUGAACCAUUGCUGAUAUAUUGUUUAAUCCUCUCCCUCUCUGGUGUCCUUGGCAACAACAAGGCCAGGUAUCACAGCUAUUGUUUUCUUUUUACUUUCUUACACAGAGCUUAUAUGUUCUGUUCCUCGCCAUGAAAUGAACUAUUUUUAGCACAUUUUAGCUCUUUAUUUUAAGUAUGUUGUCAAGUUCCAGGCUGCCUAGCUCUUUUAAAAACUGAGUAGGUUUUUCUCUUUCUGCUCAGCUGCAACUAAUGUAACUUCAGAGAGCUGUUAUAGUGUUAAAAGAUGUAAUUUAUAAUAAAUGGAUUAUGAUAUAGAAUCUUACAAAAGCUAGAAUGGGCUUUAAAUAUAUAUUUGUGGUAAUAUAUUCUGCUUUCAUAAUCACCCAGAAAGAACUGGUUUCUAAUAUUAAAGAUGUUCUUAAGUUCAAA